AAGUUCAUUUGAUUGAUUUAUUAUGGACGGGUGCUCCCGCUUUGUCAAUGACUGUCAGUAUGUGUCCUGAACGGGAGCUUUCACUCGUAUGUGGGCAUGUUUGUGUAUUUAUACACUGAUUGAUUGUUAUUGCUGCAUGAUACUUUUAUAUUCGUUUUGGUUAUUUUACGUUCUUGCUCAUUUGCCUGAAAUUACAUUUUGUUUAGCCGUCACCCUCAAGCCCAAAGGAAAGUAAAACCAACUCCAAUUAAGAUGGCGCCUAGUGAUAAUUUUACUUAGCGCACAAAAGUAUGCAAUGCGAAUGUCACGAUUAAGCCGUUAGUUCCAUGAGCAGCACAGCAAGCAGCCCACGCACAUGCACAGAAUUUGCCGAUUAUCUACUCGCAAAAGCGCACAUUUUUUAUGUACAAAGUACUUGUUUGCUAAGUAAAUAACAGUAAUAACGACUUAAACAAAUAAAAGAAACAACCACAACUACAACAAAACUCUUAACGUUUAACGCAUAAUCGACAAUGGCCAACACAGCGCAACUGUUGCGCCGCCAGAGCUCGCGCGACAUUGUGCUUAAGAGCCAAAAAAGUAUCGAUCAGUUGGAGUUGCGGGAGCUGCGUGGCCGCCUGGUGUCCAAGGAGCAUGGCGUCAGUCAUCAUCAUCACACAUCACUGCACCACCAUCAUCAGCCCAUGUAUGGUGCCACAAAUCAGGGCUUCAUGUCCGAUGCCUUUGACGAGUCAUCGGAACUGGAACAGGAGCCGCCAUUUGGCUCCGAUGCCAGCACCAGCAAAAUUAAGGUCGAGUUGGCCACUGCUGUGGAUCAACAGGAACAGCAGGAUAUCGUUGAGGGCGAGAAGGAGGGUGACGAGCGCGAGAGCUGGGACAGCAAAAUUAUGUUUCUGCUGGCCACCAUAGGCUAUGCAGUCGGCCUGGGCAAUGUGUGGCGCUUUCCAUAUCUGGCGCAGAAGAAUGGCGGCGGCGCCUUUUUGGUGCCCUACUUCAUAAUGUUGUGCAUCCAGGGCAUACCGAUCUUCUAUCUGGAGCUGGCCAUUGGACAGCGACUGCGCAAGGGAGCAAUCGGCGUAUGGAGCCAGGUGUCGCCGUAUCUCGGAGGCAUUGGCAUCUCCUCGGCGGUGGUCAGUUUCAUUGUGGCACUGUACUACAACACGAUCAUUGCCUGGUGCUUGAUCUACCUGCUGCACAGCUUUGAGUCGCCAUUGCCUUGGGCUGAUUGCCCGACGCGCCUCUACAAGAACUAUACGUACGACCAUGAGCCGGAGUGUGUGGCAUCGUCGCCGACUCAAUUCUAUUGGUACCGCACCACGUUGCAGUGCUCGGAGGGCGUGGACAUGCCGGAGAACUUCAAUUAUCACAUGGCCAUUGCACUGAUUGUAUCCUGGUUUCUGGUCUACAUAUGCAUGGUGCAGGGCAUCACAUCGUCUGGAAAAAUCGUCUAUAUGACGGCCAUAUUUCCCUAUGUGGUGCUUAUCAUAUUCUUCUUUCGUGGCAUCACCCUGAAGGGCGCCGCCGAUGGGGUUGCCCAUUUGUUUACACCGCGCUGGGACACGCUGCUCGAUCCGGUGGUCUGGCUGGAGGCUGGCACACAGAUAUUUUUCUCGCUGGGCCUCGCAUUCGGCGGCUUGAUAGCCUUCAGCUCCUACAAUCCAGCCAACAACAAUUGCUAUCGCGAUGCAAUACUCGUUUCGCUUACCAAUUGUGGCACCUCCAUGUUCGCCGGCGUCGUGGUCUUUUCGGUGAUUGGCUUUAAGGCCACAGCGACCUUUGACCGCUGUACGGAGGACCGAGCCGCUUUGGUUGCCCAGAAUCGAACACACAAUUUACCCAUCUGCGAUCUGCAGCAAGAGCUGGCUAAUAGCGCCUCGGGUACUGGACUGGCCUUUAUCAUAUUUACGGAAGCGAUUAAUCAGUUUCCCGGCGCCCAGCUCUGGGCUGUGCUCUUCUUCCUCAUGCUCUUUACGCUGGGCAUCGAUUCGCAGUUUGGCACGCUGGAGGGCGUGGUCACAUCGCUGGUGGACAUGAAGCUGUUCCCCAAUCUGCCCAAGGAGUGGAUCGUUGGCGCACUGUGCCUCUCCUGCUGCCUGAUUUCCAUGUGCUUUGCCAACGGCGCCGGCAGCUACAUCUUUCAGCUAAUGGACAGCUUUGCCGGAAACUUUCCGCUGCUGAUUAUUGCGCUCUUCGAGUGUCUAUCGAUUAGCUACAUCUAUGGGGUGAGGCGUUUUUCGGAUGACAUUGAGAUGAUGACCGGCUCGAGGCCAGGCUUCUAUUGGAUGUUCUGCUGGAAGUAUUUGUCGCCCUGCGCCAUGGUUACAAUACUGUUGGCCUCCUUCUACCAGCUGCUGACCGAGGGCAGCAGCUACCCGGCUUGGAUCGCGGCUCAGGGCGCCACCGAGAAUAUGGAGUGGCCACAUUGGUGCAUUGUCAUCGCCUUCAUCCUGAUACUCUCAUCCAUACUGUGGAUACCACUCGUGGCUAUAUUACGUCUGUGCGGCAUCAAGGUAGUAGAGGAUUCGGAUCCUGCCUGGUUCCCCGAGGCAGAACUGAGGGAGGUGCACGGCAUCGUGCCCCAUGAGCCCACCGAGCUGGAGCGCAGCAUCUUCUGCUUCAAUAUGGACGGCACGGAGGGUAUGUGCUGUCCCAAAUACGGGCUGCCCGAAAAGUCGCUCGAAGAGGAGGAGGAGUAGACGCAGCAGCUGCUGCAAUUGCUGACAAUAACAAAACUAAACAAUUAUGUGUAAAUACGGACAAUAACUAAGCCAAAAACUCGCUCACCGAUGGAAGGCAGCGUCAAUACCGACAACUAUGUAUCUCCCAUCUAUGUAUCUAUACGUUCCCAAAGACUGCACGAAAGACAACAACAAUAACAGGAACUCCAACAUCCACACACAAAA